CCUUUCUGUUGCAAAUUACUUAUCUACUGACUAUCAUGCUCCGGGUGCGUGACAUCAUUAUUUGUGGCCGCUUGCGCACUGGCCCGACCUUGGCUGCCCUUGCCUUUUUACAAACAACUGCUCUGUUUAAUAAUUUACUUUAAAAAUGAACCCAGCGCAUGCUGCUGUGCAGGCUGUAGCCGGUCGGAAGCAGGUAGCCAUCCUGCUGGACUAUGAUGGCACCCUUGCACCCAUUGCGCCGCACCCCGACUUGGCAGUCCUGCCGGAGGCCACGGUGGCGGUGCUACGGAAACUGUCUGCCCGAGCGCUAGUUGCCAUUAUUUCUGGCCGCUCGUUGACCAAUGUCCGGCAAAUGGUAGGCAUUGAUGGACUAGCAUAUGCAGGCGGCCACGGUCUGCACAUUAUGCAUCGAGACGGCAGCACCUACGAUCAUCCUUUGCCCAAAGGAUCCGCAGAAACAAUCAAAACACUCAUUCAAGAAUUGCAGACGCUCUGCCGAGACGGUGCGUGGAUUGAGGACAAAGGAGGGCAGCUCACUUUUCACUACAGGGAGGUACCAUCAGAGCUCCACGAUUACUUUGCUAUGGAGGCUAGAUCGAUCAUCCAGAAUUCGGGGCUUAAAGUUGGACUGGCUCAUUGCGCAGUUGAAGCCAGGCCAAUUGUGCAAUGGCACAAGGGUGCCGCAUGUUUGAAAAUUUUAGAACAGGAGUUUGGUUCCAACUGGCCUCAAGAAUGCUCAGUCAUCUACGCAGGAGAUGAUACGACUGACGAAGAUGCCUUCAAGAGCCUUCAAGGCAGUGGUUUUACUAUAAGAGUAACUACGUCUGGAGAUGUGGAAACAGCGGCUCAAGUGCGGGUUCCCAGCACAGAGUCACUGCUCAAUGUUUUAGAGGCAGUGGCCGAUCAGUUAGAAGCACAGUGAUGUUAAUGUGAUAUCUUAUUAUAGUACUUUUGGCUUUGAUCUUUUAAUACAAUUUAUAUAUCACUUAUUUCAACUGAUAAAGGGGACCAUUUUAAAA